CGAUAUUUCGGGAACGUUUCAACGAGAACUUAAACGGAAGUAAAAUACUCGGAUACGAAAUAGCAUCUAAAAACGUGGAUGCUACAUCUUUUUAACGAUCAAAAAUCAGUAUCAAGUGACAUUGUUUAUGUGUUUUACGUGGAGAUAUGAUUUAUUUACGUGAAAUUUGUUUAGAAGAUAAAUACAAACUUUUGAGAAAUCGUGCGGUGCGUAUUUUGGCCCAGCAUAACAGAUGCUAAGCUAACCAGCGUAUGUCUGUGGUGUCAUUUCGGAACUUCGGCUAACGGAGCGUGAUCAUCAGAGCUGCCGAAUCCUGCACUGAAGUGGAAAGUUUCUCUAGCUGAUGUCGCUUAUUCAUGUAAAUUGAUAAGUAGCAUCGAAUCCUUCAACUCUGGAUGUGGUAACUGGAAGGUUCGACCUGAUUUAAGAUGAUCAUUGACAACAUUGAUGGUUUGAAAACAUGGCUGUCUGAAACCCUUGAGCCCAUAUGUGAUGCUGACCCAUCUGCACUCGCUAAGUAUGUUGUUGCUCUAGUGAAGAAGGACAAAAGCGAAAAGGAGCUUAAAGCCUUGUGUGUAGAUCAACUGGAUGUUUUUCUCCAAAAAGAGACCCAGCCAUUUGUGGAUAAGCUGUUUGAAGCCAUUAAUAAUAAAAGCUACCUCCCCCAAUCAGAGCAACCACUGGUCAAAGUCGAGAAGGAAGAGCCAAAGAAAGAUGAGGUUCAGGCAAGUCGCGAAGAAGACCGAGACAAGAAGUUUUCUCGACGAGUGACUCAUAGCCCUCCACAGUUAAGCUCUCGCUACUCGAGAGACGUCAGGAGAGAUGACCGUAAGAGAGACGAUCGCUCCAGGAAGAGGGAUUAUGAUCGCAACCCUCCAAGGAGAGACUCAUACCGCGAUCGCUACAAUCGCAGGAGAGGCCGCAGCUAUAGCCACAGCCGGAGCCGCAGCCGCAGCUGGAGCAAGGAGCGCAUCCGAGACCGCGACAGGGAGAGGGACAGAGACCGGGACCGAGAUCGGGAUCGCAGCAGGAGCCAGUCUCUCAGCAGGACGCGGUCCAGAAGCAGGAGUCGGGACCGAGAGUCAGGAAAGCCGAGGUACGAUCACGACCGAGCUGACCGGCCCGACGGCGGCGAAGUCUACACUCCAGCAGCUCUUGUGUCCUCUGUGACCACAUCGCAUUUCCCGGUGCCAACACUCAGCAGCACCAUUACGGUUAUUGCCCCCACGCAUCACCACAGCAGCAGCACCAGCGAGAGCUGGUCAGACUUUCACCCAGAGCCUCCUGUGGAUCGCGGCCCCUUUAACAGGGGGCCUCCACCGAGGAAGCGAUGCCGGGACUAUGAUGAAAAGGGCUUCUGCAUGCGAGGGGAUAUGUGUCCUUUUGACCAUGGGAGUGACCCAGUGGUGGUAGAGGAGGUGAAUCUGCCCGGUAUGCUCCCCUUUCAGCCUCCUCCCAUUCCAGGUGUGGACCAGCCACCCCCCCCAGGCCUUCCACCACCACCACCUCUGUUGAACCCCCCCCCUUCUGUGAAUCUUCGGCCUCCUGUGCCCCCUCCAGGUGCCCUGCCACCCAGUCUACCACCUAUUGCUGGUCCUCCACCUCCGCUUCCUCCUCUGCAACCAGCAGGCAUGGAUGCUCCUCCUAAUUCCAUCACUAGCGCCGUUCCCACCAUCGUCACUUCUGGGAUUCGCUCAUCGCUCCCACAAGCCCCGGUUCCACUCUUCACCCCUGACCACUUUGACACCGACGUGUACAACCCCGAGGCUCCCAGCAUCACUAACACACCCAGACCUGUGUACCGCCACCGAGUCAAUGCUCAAAGACCAAACCUGAUUGGCCUCACUAUGGGGGACGUUGACCAGCCGCCAAGAGAUAAGAUCCCAAACAACAGCAUGAGGAUUGUCAUGGAGUCUGAACCGAGGAAGAGACCAGCCCCCUCCCACGACGCUGGACUUCCACCCAAGAAGCCCUGGUUUGACAAGCCCAACUUCAACAAACCAAACCACCAUGGCUUUCACAAGAGAGGUCCAUUCUCUCCCAACACAAAGCUUCUCGUUCGUCUGAUUCCCGCCGAGCUCAACAGCAUCAGCAAACUCAACGAACAUUUCAGCAAGUUUGGUACUAUUGUCAACCUGCAGGUGGCUUAUCAGAAUGACCCAGAGGGAGCACUGAUACAGUUUGCCUCUCCAGACGAGGCCAAGCGGGCUAUGCAGAGCACAGAAGCUGUUCUAAACAACCGCUUCAUCAAGGUGCACUGGUUUCGUGAAGAUGGGAGUGAUGGACAUGGCCAGCCACGGUCCCAGCAGCCGCCUCCGCUGCCUCCGCCUCAGCUCGCCACGCCUCCGGUCGCUGCUCUGAAGCAGUCUGUGAAGGAUCGCCUCGGACCCCUGGUGCCUGUAAACUCGGAGCCGUCCCAGGAUUCCAGCGUUUCCUCUCAGAAUGCAUCAAAAGUGUCGGUAAAAGAUCGUCUAGGAUUCUCUGCCAAACCAGCUGCUUCUGUUGAAAAGGUCUUUUCUACAUCCACGGGCCUCACAAAGACCGUUUACAACCCCGCUGCUCUGAAGGCAGCCCAGAGGACCUCGGAGGAGGCCUUGAAGAAGAAACAGGAAGCUCUAAAGCUACAGCAGGAUGUAAGGAAGAAGAAGCAGGAAAUAUUGGAGAAGCACAUCGAGACACAGAAGCUCCUGAUCUCCAAACUGGAGAAGAACAAAGCGAUGAAGGCAGAAGAUAAGGCCAAGAUUAUGGAAACGUUGAGCAUGUUGACUAAAAGCAUCACUAAACUGCAGGAGGAGAUAAAGGGAAUCUCGAGCUGCAGUCUCCCUCUGAGGAGCACCAAGAGCAAGGCACAGGCACAGAAAGAGCUGCUGGAUACAGAGCUGGACCUGUAUCAGAAGACCCAGGCUGGAGAGGACACCGCUUUGCUCAAGAUCAAAUACACCCAGCUCCAAAUUGAGGCAGCCAAAAGGGGACUCCUCUCAUCGGGACGGGGCCGGCGGGUCCCUGGUCGGGGUCGUGGUGUUGUCCGGACCCGGGGAAGGGGCUCCAGGGGUCGAGGAAGGGGAGUGCCUCUUCAUGCAGUCGUAGACCAUCGACCUCGAGCGCUCGAGAUUUCUGGUUUCAGUGACUCGGACCGCGUAGACCUGCUGCCUCACUUUGCUCUAUUUGGCGAGAUAGAAGAUUGCCAGAUUGACGAGAACAACCUCUCAGCGGUCAUCACGUACAAGACGAGAGCAGAAGCAGAACAGGCGGCUCUGCAUGGAGUGAAAUUUAACAACCAGACCCUGCGGCUGGCCUGGCACAAGCCUGCACCGACUGUCAGUUCAGCUGAUGCUGAGGAAGAAGAACCUCCAGAGGAAGAGUACCCAGAAGAGUCGCUAAGUGAUGACGCUUUGCUUCAAGAUGAUGAUGAGGAAGAAGAUGACAACGAGCCACGUCCCUGGCGCAGAUGAAGCCCAGUCUGCACUGGUUUUACUGGUGUGGACGACGAGCAACAAUCCAGCAACGUUACUCAGUGCUUGUUUGUAAAUCAGCAAGGCAUAUUUUACUUUGUUUAGACCCUUUUUUCCUCUUCUAAAACAUGUAAUAGACAGAAUUUUGUGCAGUUUGUUUAAUUUUAAUAUGUAAACCAGAUGCAACAUUGCUGAACUUUUUAAUGCUCUUAAUGUGUUUUUUUUUCUUUCGGGUUGAUUGUAUGAAAAUGUCAGACGCUGAUCACUCGCACAUUUGUUGAGCCCUCAGUUAAAAGAAACCCAGACUGUAGUUUAAUUGUACAAAAAAUAAAGAAUUGAAAUGGUCUGAAAACAUUCUGCCAAAAACAAACAAAAAAAGAUGAAAUGAAAAAAAUAAUGGCAGUCAAAACAAUACAAAAAAAGCUCAUAAAAGGAGCAGAGAAAAGACCAUUUCAAAACAAAAAAACCUUCAUUUUCACUUAAAGAGCAAAUAUCCUAAAACCUUCCUUUCAUCACUUUUUAAACCAAUGGAUGUGGUAAGGUAACACAAUUGCUCUUUUAUGUUGAAGGUAAGGCAAAAAUAAUUGCAUCUUUAUGCCAAUGUCUGCAUUGCUGAUCAUUAAUUCUCUUUUCCUUGUUGCAGAGCUGUCUGCUUUCUCCUGCUGCAGUCCUCUAAGCAAGAAACUCCUGACAAGAAUUUUGUAUUUAACAUGUCAUGUUUUAUAACAAGCAAUUCUGUAAUACAAAUAUAUUUUUCUACAAA